UAAAAAACCACGAAACAGGAAGGAACAUUACAGAUAGUAUUAUAAAUGUCUUCAUUGAUACGAAUUAGUGGCUUUUCAUAGUUUAUUAUAUUUUUCUUUAAUUAUUCUUUCUUUUCUAAUUAUCUCGGGAACCAUCAACCACCAUGAAAUUAGGAAAAUUUGUUCCAUUAUUUUGCAUGCUACUUGGCGUAGUAAAUUCGGAAGAAAGUAUCGAAGAGGAUUGCGACUUUUCGCAAGAUUUAUCACCAGGUGUCAAUUAUUACGUAUAUAAUCCUGACUAUCCAGAUUAUUAUAUAGGACAACAUAAUUGCCAAUGGAAAACUACAAGUAAUACUCGUGUAAAAUUGAAUUGCACGGUUUUCGACGUACCACCGAGUCCUAAUUGUACGAUGGAUUACUUGAAAGUGAAAAUAAGCGAAGAAAUCGAAUACAAAUUUUGCGGAUUGCAUUCGUUUGCAAUAGAAUCUAUUGGAUCUGACAUGAACAUAAUAUUUCAUUCGAGAUACAACACUUAUGGUGGUAAAUUUCAAUGCACAUUAACGGCUACCGAAGAGGAAUGUAAAUGCGGUUGGAAAAAUCCGUCAAAAAUAGUAGGAGGUGUUGAAUCUGGUAUUAACGAAUAUCCAAUGAUGGCAGGUUUGGUUGAUUUUACCAAACGUUUUUUAUUCUGCGGUGCAACCAUAAUAACACCGCGACACGUGUUAACUGCAGCCCAUUGUGUUAUACAAUAUGUCGAUAACUAUGAAAUAUUAGGAGUCAUUGUUGGGGAACACGACGUAUCAACAGGUCAAGAUACUAACGUGACUCGACUUCACAAAGUCAAUAAAAUAAUCAUUCAUCCUGAUUAUUCGGCACGUGUUAAUGACGUUGCUAUCGUCAAAACAGAAAAGAAAUUUGAUUAUUCAAUGAAAGUUGGUCCAGCUUGUCUACCAUUUUAUUAUAUUCAACGAAGUUUUACGGGAGAAGCUGUCACGGCAUUAGGCUGGGGUACAACCAGUUUUGCCGGUCCUAAAUCGGAUGUAUUGAUGAAAGUUAAUUUGCACAUUAUUUCAAAUCACCAAUGUGUCAGGUACCAACCUAAAGUAUCCUCCAAACAAAUUUGUACCUACGAUAAGGGUAAAGAUUCCUGCCAGUUUGACAGCGGUGGUCCCGAAUUAUGGCAUAAUCCAAGUACCAAUCGUUUAACUCUACUUGGGGUUAUUAGUUAUGGUAAAACCUGUGCCGAUGAAUUUCCCGGUGUUGCCUCGAGGGUUACUAGUUUUUUGGAUUUUAUUAUUAAAUCUACACCAGGAGAAAAAUAUUGUCGGGUUUAUUAGAAGAGAAUAAACCGAAUAUUUUUUUAGCACGAUAUCAUACGACAAAGAUUAAUAAAUAAAAAUAAUAAUAAUAAA